AUGGGUGCCACGUGCGUGGAUCCAGCUUCACUCGGCUCUCACACUGUGUCUACACUCAAACAACCCACUUCUAUGAACCACCGUGAUAGGUGCAACCACCCCAUCAUAUACAUGUUCACAACCACCAUGAGUGUCCCAUCAUUGUAUACUCGCUCCUCUUUUGUUGCGUUUGUGGUCUCAGCACUAUCUGUUCGCAAUCUUGGAGUAAACGAAACCCAACUUGGGCUUCUAGGUGGGUAUGUGGGAAGAUUGUGGAAUAUAAAAAUGUUAUUGUUGUCAAUGUAUGUUUUAGAUUAA